AUGCAUGUGGCAAUAGUUGAAUGUUUUUCCCCGCAGGUUUUGGAAGCUCGAACUUUGCAGGCGCCAUGGACUUCCUGCCNNGGCCAGCAGCGGCUAAAGGUGCUGCCAACCGUGACUGCAGCUGGCCUUGAGACGGCCCUCGAAAGAGGGAUAACACAAAUAGGCCCAUCUGCUAGUUUAGGGUUUCUGUGCAGAGACCUGGAAGACUGCACCUGGAAGACGGCUCUGGCCAAGCACAUCCCACAGAUCGUGUUCCUCGCUCCGAUCUUGAACCGCCUCUUCGAGAUCUGCAGCAAUGGCUUGAUACCCCAUGCCAUGCUCCAGACGGCAUUAGUCGGCCUCUUCAAGAGGAAGAUCCUGGAACUACAACCUCCACAGGUUAAGAUGCCAGGUUGGGAAGGGUCCUCGCUUCAGUACUUCAACUUGAAGCUACGAAUGCUGGCCAGCAAGAUCCGGGAUCUUAGCUUCGGCAGAGAGAAGAUCCCCAAGAAGAUCGACAAGGAUGCAUGGCUUAAGCUGCAGGCUCUUUGCUUGCAGCUCAACCCGAAGUUCAAAGUGGAUGACUUAAUGGUGCAGGAGACAAAGCCCCAGCAGAAGCUAGAGCUACGAGAAGCGGCCCCGGAGUCGACCUACACCGGAGCUUUGGUUUGCACCCAAGACACAGCAGGUGUGCCUGAGGCUGCCUGCUCAGGGUGCAGAGGGUUUCGUUGCUUUGGCAACGACACGAGCCCUUCGAGAUGCUUGGGAUUGCAGCCCGGCACGGCCCCUCACGAAGCAGCAGAAAGCUGUUGCAGUGGCCGAGGCUGGGCAAAAGGGACCCGUGCUCAAGCGGCCGGCAGCUGCACCACUCAAACGACCAGCUGCUGCACAAGCUAA